GCCGGCCUGAAUAAAGUCUGACAGAAGCUGGUUGAUCCGGGACAGACUGACCUCAUACAGUGUUAGAUUUGGGUAAAAGGACGAGCUGAUAAAAAAAAAACUGGCAACAUGGUUGUGGCGGGCUGCACGAAAUGCAUUAAAUACAUGUUAUUUUUCUUUAACUUUAUUUUCUGGCUGGCCGGUGGCGUGAUCUUAGCAGUGGCCUUGUGGCUCCGCCAUGACAGUCAAACCAGCAACCUCCUCAUACUGCAGUUUGAAGGCCAACAGGCUCCAGGCACCUUCUACAUCAGUGUGUACAUACUGAUAGCUGUCGGCGCUGUGAUGAUGCUUGUGGGCUUCCUCGGUUGCUACGGUGCCAUUCAAGAGUCCCAGUGCCUGUUGGGGACUUUCUUCUUCUUUCUGGUGAUCCUCUUUGCUUGUGAAGUGGCUGCAGCGAUGUGGGGUUUCAUGAACAAGGACACAAUCUCCAAAGAACUGAUCAACUUCUACGACUCCGCAUACAUCAAAGCUGUGGACGUCUCCGGGUCUCCGAGUAAAGACUCUGCCAUCAAGGUGCUGGAUGUUUUCCACACUACGCUCGACUGCUGUGGUAAAGGAGACGACACCGCUCUCUUCUUACAAAUCGCCAGCACCUUGUGUACCAGAAAGGUUUCAGAAGACUUUUUGAGGUCUCAGAGCUGUCACGAUAAACUGAUCGAGCUGUUCUCGGAGAAGCUCUACCUGAUCGGUCUGGCUGCCUUGGUGGUUGCUGUCAUCAUGAUCUUCGAGAUGAUCUUCACCAUGGUGCUCUGUUGUGGCAUCCGUAACAGCCCGGGAGUAUACUAGGAGUCCAGCGAACAACCAACAUCAGCCUUUAAUUGAAUUAUUGUAUCGUGUGUUUGACACACAUCAGCUCUUCCUCUUUAUGAUUAGAACACGACAAGAUGGAUACCUCUCUUUUUUAUUCUACUAGAUUAGUUUUUAAUAUUGCUUAUCCAUCAAAAAUCAUCUUUCUUACAUAAUAAUUUAGCUUAUGUCAGUCAGACCUUCUUUAUUUAUCAUACAUGCUUCAUGUGAACCUUUCUACGUACAGUAUGUUGUGAAAUAUUUCUCUGAGAUGCUGUUUUUAUGGAUGUAUAAAUUGUAUAUAUACUUGUCAUAUGUUGAUAACACUUAGGAGGGUGCAUGUGUUCCCUGAUUGAUUGUUUGUUAUGCAUCUCGCUGCAGUGUUACAGUCUUAUAAUAUAAUUUAAGCAGCAGGGGUUCAGUGGUCUAAGGUAAUGUACUGUCCCAGCUAAUGAUUAUCAGGAUGACGAGUUGGCCUGUGAGUUUGUUAGUCGACUGUGUGUCUCUUCUUUGUGCCUAAUGAACCAUCUUCAUGCCGUCUUUCCUUUAUUAACUUGUGAAACAUCCGUCCUUAAAUACACACUUAUGUCUUCUUACUCAACCUGUUUUUUUAAUAAUGCUUAUAAAUGAUGUCAUCUUUCUUCUUCUUGCUUGAGUGUACACUACACCGGUGUUUCACAGCCUUUUAUUUUGCUUGUGACUCCAUAAAAUGAAGCAAAUUCUUUUUCCAUGUCUAUAAAUUGUUGUAAGUUUAAUCAGAGGGGUUUUCACUUCUCAGAUUAUCUCAUUUCAAUCAUUUUUACAGGCCUGAAAAGGUAAAACUGCAGUAUUUUGCUAAAAAGAAAACGAGAGAGCAACUGAUAAAUUUAAAUAAAAGUAUUUUGUGUAUCCAAA